GAGCUGGGCCGCUUUUUGUCAGCUCGGAGUUCGGCCCCUCCCUCCGCCCGCCCCACCAGACGGAGCCCGGCCCAGUGCUCCAGAGAAAAGGGGGCCUGCAGCACCUGCCACCGUUGCUGACCAUCCGCACGCCGGUCCGGGUAAACAAACUAGUAGUUGCUUUGUCUUGACAACUGAAGAGUUGUAAAGAAGAUAGAAUUGUAUUGCAGUUCCAACAGCAGCAGAAGUUUGAGUACAGCAACAAUGGAUGUGGGAGAUUAAGAUUAAAUUAGACUCCAGUGUAGAAAGGAGCUGUGACUAAUGAAAAUUAAAGGCCAUGGAUGAAGAUGAAUUUGAAUUGCAGCCACAAGAGCCAAACUCAUUUUUUGAUGGAUUAGGAGCUGACACUACACACAUGGAUGGUGAUGAAAUUGUUGUAGAAGUACAAGAAACUGUUUUUGUUUCUAAUGUUGUGGAUUCAGACGUAACCAUUCAUAACUUUGUUCCUGAUGACCCAGACUCAGUUGUAAUCCAAGAUGUUAUUGAAGAUGUUGUUAUAGAGGAUGUUCAGUGUUCAGAUAUCUUAGAAGAAGCAGAUGUGUCUGAAAAUGUCAUCAUUCCUGAACAAGUGAUGGGCUCAGACAUCACUGAAGAAGUUUCUUUAACACAUGGCACAAUUCCAGAUGAUGUUUUAGCAUCUGACAUUACUUCAGCCUCACUGUCUAUGCCAGAACACGUCUUGACAAUUUCAGAAGAAGUAUUGGUAGCAGACUGUGCCUCUGAAGCUGCCAUAGAUGCCAGUGGGAUUCCUGUGGACCAGCAAGAUGAUGACAAAGGCAACUGUGAGGACUACCUUAUGAUUUCCUUAGAUGAUACUGGCAAAAUAGAACCCAAUGAUUCCUCUGGAGUGACCAUGGAUGCAGAAUCAGAAAUUGAUCCUUGCAAAGUUGAUGGCACUUGCCCCGAAGUCAUCAAAGUAUAUAUUUUUAAAGCUGACUCUGGAGAGGACGACUUAGGUGGAACAGUAGACAUUGUGGAGAGUGAGCCUGAUAAUGAUCAUGGAGUUGAACUACUUGAUCAGAGCAGUAGUAUUCGUGUUCCCAGGGAGAAGAUGGUUUAUAUGACUGUCAAUGACUCUCAGCCAGAAAAUGAAGAUUUAAAUGUUGCUGAAAUUGCUGACGAAGUUUAUAUGGAAGUGAUUGUAGGAGAAGAAGAUGCUGCUGUUGCAACAGCUUCUGCUGCUGUACGUGAACAGCAAAUGGAUGAUGAUGACGAUGUGAAAACCUUCAUGCCAAUAGCAUGGGCAGCAGCUUAUGGUAAUAAUUCUGAUGGAAUUGAAAACCGGAAUGGCACUGCAAGUGCCCUCUUGCACAUAGAUGAGUCUGCUGGCCUCGGCAGACAGACUAAACAAAAACCAAAGAAAAGGAGAAGACCUGAUUCCAGGCAGUACCAAACAGCAAUAAUUAUUGGCCCUGAUGGACAUCCUUUGACUGUCUAUCCUUGCAUGAUUUGUGGAAAGAAAUUUAAGUCAAGAGGUUUUUUGAAAAGGCACAUGAAAAACCAUCCUGAACAUCUUAGCAAGAAGAAGUACCACUGUACUGAUUGUGAUUACACUACCAACAAGAAGAUAAGUUUACAUAACCACCUGGAAAGUCAUAAGCUAACCAGCAAGGCAGAGAAGGCCAUUGAAUGUGAUGAGUGUGGGAAGCAUUUUUCUCAUGCUGGGGCAUUGUUUACUCACAAAAUGGUGCAUAAGGAAAAAGCCAGCAAAAUGCACAAGUGUAAAUUUUGUGAUUACGAGACCGCUGAACAAGGGUUGCUAAAUCGCCACCUUUUGGCAGUCCACAGCAAGAACUUUCCUCAUAUUUGUGUGGAGUGUGGUAAAGGUUUUCGUCACCCAUCAGAACUCAAAAAGCACAUGCGAAUUCAUACUGGGGAGAAGCCAUACCAAUGCCAAUACUGUGAAUAUAGGUCUGCAGACUCCUCUAACUUGAAAACACACAUAAAAACUAAACAUAGUAAAGAGAUGCCAUUCAGGUGUGACAUAUGUCUUCUGACUUUCUCAGAUACCAAAGAGGUACAGCAACAUGCUCUUACCCACCAAGAAAGCAAAACACACCAGUGUUUGCAUUGUGACCACAAAAGUUCAAAUUCAAGCGAUUUGAAACGACAUGUAAUUUCCGUUCACACAAAGGACUAUCCCCAUAAGUGUGACAUGUGCGAUAAAGGUUUUCACAGGCCUUCAGAACUCAAGAAACAUGUAGCUGCCCACAAGGGUAAAAAAAUGCACCAGUGUAGACAUUGUGACUUUAAAAUUGUGGAUCCAUUUGUUCUAAGUCGCCAUAUUCUCUCAGUUCAUACGAAGGAUCUUCCAUUUAGGUGUAAGAGAUGUAGAAAGGGAUUUAAGCAACAGAGUGACCUAAAAAAGCAUAUGAAGACACAUAGUGGCAGGAAAGUAUAUCAGUGUGAGUACUGUGAUUAUAGCACUACGGAUGCUUCUGGCUUUAAGCGGCACGUUAUUUCCAUUCACACGAAGGACUAUCCUCAUCGAUGUGAGUACUGCAAGAAAGGAUUCCGAAGACCUUCAGAAAAGAACCAGCACAUUACUCGACAUCAUAAAGAAGUUGGCUUGCCCUCAUAAUAUGUCUAGUGGACUUUCCUAAAGAUGUGGGCUUUGAAGCAGGAAAUUUAUUUUAAAGCCAGUCAGUCUUCUUCACAUACAUUGCUAUGAUGGAUUUAUGCUCUGUACAAAUAGAAUUAAUUGUUUCUUGACAACUUUUCUUUACAUUUUAUUCAACAUUGUGUUCUGGAUCCUAUUCAGUUUGUUUAAGAAGAAAAGUAGCAACAAUUUAGUUGCUUUUAAUAAAAUAGUCCCUUAUUCUAUACUGAAUUUUUAGUCUUAGAAGUUUUACUAUCGAAGUAUUUACUUAGUCAUCUUGAUAGUAUUCUUCUAAGCAAAAUAAUUUAAGGUUGGUAACUCUAAAAGUAAUUUUUUUGACCCAUUUCUUUUUACGCAAAUUUUUCACAUUAAAUAGAUAUGCUAACAUAAAUGAGAAAUUUUAUGUCAAGUCUCAAGUCUACCAUAACAUGGAAAUCAUUUCCUUGUUUUGGUUAUUAUUUUCAGAUUACGUGACACUUAACAUUUGAGCCUCUAGAUUACUGACUAUGACACAUUGACUAGAUUUGUGUUUAAUUUUCACAAACAAAAUAUACUUCCUUUGACUUUUUUUACAGUGUUUGUAUCUUUUGUCAGCAAACUUACAAAAUCUUAUUGAAGACAUUUCCUUAUUCCUUUUGUCUGUUUUUUAAAUUUUUUUCUGUCUGUAUUGUUUUCACUUGGAAUUGUUGUGUUUUAUAAAUGCAACUUAUUGCAGACUGAAUUUUGGAAUCUUUUAAAGGUACAUGGUGACCCAUAGGAUUUUUUGCAACUUGGUACAUAAAUGUACCUAAUUUUUUAUGUGCACAUUUGUUACUUAUUUUCUAUUUUUAUACACAAUCCUAAAUUUUAAAUCUAUGACUAUAAGUAUUAAAUUUGCCAAGCAUUUUGUAGCUUCUAUUUACAGAGGCCAGUUGAGGAAUUAGAAAAUAAGGACGUGAGUAAAUAGAGGUAUUCUCUUUAAAUACCUUUGCUAAUUCAAAAACAUGUCAAAUACUUUUUCAUAGAAGGUUUUCAUACCAUUCACCUACACAUAUUUUUCUGGAAAGCUAAUAUGGACAUAGCUCUCUUAUUUCCCACUGAUAAUACAGUGAGGUAACUUUGUUUCUUGCAAACAAACAAGGGAUUAAGAGCAAAUUAAUAGCUCCAUGUAAUACAUACUGUGCCAAUUUUCACUUAGAGUUGCCAAGUUCAAUCUGUUUUUUAUUUAAGUGGUUAGCAAACUUUAAAAUGUCUUGGCACUCAAGUUGACCUACAUUAGAAGAUAAAAAUGUUUAAAUACAUAAUGAAAAUCUGUGGUUUUAUUUGGAAUAUUGCCAAAUCUUAGGAGAGUUUUUGUUUGAGAGUUGACAUAUUUUAAGUAGUUUUUGAGUCAUACAUGCAGGUACAAUAUAAAGCAAAUUCAAAUAGUUAAUUAGAAUUUGGUUAAUAAGAAUUUGGGGGAACAGAAAAAACUGUAGGUUUCUUAGAUUGGUUGUUGGCAUAUAACAUCUUAUUUGGAAUAUUGCCAAAUCUUACAGUUUUGUUUUUUGUUUGAGAGCUGACAAGAAUUUUGGAGAACAGAAAAAAAACUAGUUUCCUUAGAUUGGUUGUUGGCAUACAUAACAUCUUAUUUGGAAGAUUGCCAAAUCUUAAGGGUUUUUUUUUUUUUUUUCUAUUUUAAAUAUUAGUUUUUGAGUCAUAUAUACAGGUACAAUAUAAAGUGAAUUAAAAUUGUUAAUUAGAAUUUGUUUAAUAAGAAUUCUGGAGAACAGAAAAAACUAUAGGUUCCUUAGAUUGAUUGUUGGCACAUAUUUGGCAUACUAUGGGAGAUUAGAAAUAUUUUUAUCCUACGUAAUAGCUACCUUUUGGAUUCUUCAUGGUGCUCCCUUCCAAUUUUGCUGUUUCCCUUUCUUCUGUGCCACUUAUGUUUAUAUUUAGAAGUUACAUUUAUAGAGUUAAAAUUCUAAAUAAUUGGUAUUUUAUAACCUCUGAAAUUUAAUUUAUUUAGUAUAGUUUUGAAGUACCUUAGGCACAUAGGAAUUUAAACCUAGUACUAACCAAAGCCGGAAUGGAUUUUGGAAUUUCUUAGGCCAAAAUAGCCCUCAGAUAUAUUCCAUCCAGUUUUUAGUGUCAUCAUCAUCUUGUUCUUGAAGACUCUUUAUUUUGUGUUUGUGAGAAUCUUGUAAAUCUCUUUCAGAAUUUUUAUUUUUCCCUGAAGCAGUGGAAAAGGAAAUACUUAAAUGAAAGUUUAAGAAUUUUAAAACAUUCUGUAAAGUUAAUAGAGCUGUUUAGCUGUAUUUUAAAAACAAACUGAAAGGUAAAGAACACAUCAAUUUACAUCAUAUUUCUCACAUAGUCUGGCAUCAUACACUGCUGGUUUUUUUUUCUGUUUUUAAGCACAAUAUUGAAACCUUUAAAAGGCAAUUAAGAGUUUGGUCAAGAGAACAUGAAAUAAUUUGUAUGAAGAAAAAUGAAAUUGUUUUUACUAUUACCUACUAUUUGUUCAGGCUGGUUUAAUUCUUAAUUUGAUAGCAAAGCUAAAAAGUGGAUGUUUCAGUUGAAAGUUUUAAAGAGGUACAAAUUCUUAAAAGAUAUAAGUUAUUUUUUUUGUUGAAAAUACUGUUUUGUUGAAAAAAGUCUAUUAAAUAUUGUAUGUCCUUUCUUUGUACACAUUGUAAAAUACUUAAUGAAAAUUUCAUAUAAGGAAAUAUAACACUUAUAAAUGUGUACUUUGAAAAUACCAUUCAAAAAUAAAAAUGAGAAUAUUUUCC